AUGGCUCAAUCACAACCCAACGGCAAUUCCGCCCAAGCAAAGACAGUAGGCUACAUAGGUCUGGGAAACGCUGGCUACCCAUUGGCAUCCACCCUCGCACGCGCAGGCUACCAAUUAGUAGUCCGAGAUGCGGACCCCUCGCGAGCCGAACAAUUCAGCAAAGAGCACUCAGACGCCGCCCAAGCAACAAAACCGGACGAUGCGUCUGCGUUCAAGGAUGUAGACGUCCUAGUAACCAUGCUCCCCAACGGCUCCAUCGUGCGAGACGUUCUCCUAGGCUCAUCCGGAGUAGCUUCAGCCAUGAAAUCCGGCAGCGUAAUCAUCGACACCUCAUCCUCCUCGCCCUUCCACACCCGCGAGACUGGCAAGCUUCUUCAAAAGGCCAACCCAGGCGUUACGCUCAUCGACUCGCCGGUAACGCAGGAAUACGCCCACGCGUUGGCGAAAGGCGAUGCUACGCUAAUGGUCGGUUGCUCCGAUCAAGCUGCCCUGGAUCUGGCGAUGCCGGUGUUGAAGGUGAUGGGCAAGCAUGUGUUUGUGAUGGGUGAGCUGGGUGCCGGCCACGCGAUGAAGACGCUGAACAAUUACACCAGCGCUGCGAGUAUUAUGGGGUUGUGCGAUGCCCUGAUUACCGGGCAGAAGUUCGGCUUGGAUCCGGCGAAGAUGGUUGAUGUGAUGAAUGUCGGGACUGGCGUUAACUUUAGCACGAAGGAGAGCUUUCGGACGGACGGACUCACAAGAAACUUCGCUUCUGGGUACCAGCUCAGUCUGUUGCUGAAAGAUAUGAAGAUCGCAAGGACUCUAAUAGAUGAGAUGGGACCGCAUUCGGCGUUGUCUGACUUGAUCGUGGACUCUUUUGCUGAAUCGGACAAGAUCGCGGGCCCCGGAGCCUGCCACACGCAAGUAAUCGAAGGAUGGGAGAAGAGAGCCGGUAUACAGCUGAAGCAAAAGAAAGAAUGA